UUUAAUGUUGUGUCUAUGCGAUUAGACUCACAGACGACGUGUACUCUUGAGACUGUGAAUGAUCUUGUCCGUCGUUACUCUUCGUGGUGCAGUCACCUACCGGCCUGCCGACGUGGCGGGGCGGAAGAAGAGCUGCUGGCUGACACCAGGCGGAUCACCAUGUCCCAAGCUGCUGCCCCCUCUGACGCAGACCCCUCUGCUGACAUCACCCCUCCACCCACCCAGUCCCCUCACACUGACCAGGGCUCCUGUCAGGAUGUCCCAGAAGCCCUUGCACCGCCCUCGGCCCCUCUGCAGCCUCCUUUGAUCCCUGAGAGUGUCGUCCUCCUGCAGUCCAGCGAGGAGAAGACCACAGAGGACACCACCACCACCACCAAGACUUCAGAGGGUCCGACUGACCAACCGGAGCCUCCCUCUGAGGGUCAGCUGGUCGAAUGUGACCAACCAGUGAGUCUGGAGCCAGACGCUGUAGAGGAGGACGUGGAGAGGUCACUUCAGGAGAAAGAAAAAGGUUGGGGUGGUUGGAGUUCAUGGGGAAAAUCACUUCUGAGCAGCGCCACCUCCUCAGUCGGUCAGAGCCUGACCUCAGUCAAGACGAAGGCGGGAGAAGCUCUGCGUCUCCACAGGACCUCGGUCGGAGAGGAGGCGCGAGAAGAGGAGGAGGGAGCGGAGGAGAAGAGAGAAGGAGGUGAAAGUGGAGAGACUGACCUGUCCAGCUCUGGGGAGUCCUCUGCGAGAGCUGCAGCUCCUGGCAGGGGCGUCUUCUCCACGAUCACACACGCUGUGCAGAACACAGGUAAGUCCGUGAUCAGUGGAGGUUUGGAUGCCUUGGAGUUCAUUGGAAAGAAGACCAUGACUGUUCUCGCUGAGAGUGACCCGGGUUUCAAAAAGACCAAGACCCUGAUGCAAAAGACUGCAUCACUGAGUCAGAUGUUGAAAGAAGCCAAAGAGAAAGAGCGGGCACGUCUGGGCAACCAGCCAAUCAGUGUGCCCACAGCUCACUACGGUAUUCUGUUUGACGACUACCAGGGCUUGUCACACCUCGAGGCCCUGGAGAUCUUGUCCAAUGAGAGUGAGGUCAAGGUCCAAGCUUUCCUCUCCUCCCUGGAGGAAGAGGAGCAGGAGGGGGUGAAGAAGGAGCUGAUUUUGAUUAAGGACAUCUUCAUCCAGCGGGAGGAAGAGGAGGGAGGAGAGGAAGAGGAAAAAGAAGAAGAAGAUGGAGAAGGAGGACAGACGAAGGAUAACGGUGAUCUAAGUUCCCAAUUACACUGUUCUACCCCCUUAUCGGCUGAUGGCGAGGAGUUUGUGAGCGUUCUCACUGAGCUAUUGUUUGAGCUUCAUGUUGCUGCCACGCCAGACAAACUCAACAAGGCUCGGAUGAGGGCCCAUGAAUGGGUGAGCGAGGUGGAACAGCCUGUCACUACAGAGACGGUUGGCAGGGAAACGGAGGACCAGCCGGGAGGAGAUGCCUCACCUGGAGAGAACGAGCAAGAGGAGAAGAAGAAAGACGGGGAGGAGAAGGGGGAGAGAAAGAGCGAGGGGGAGGAGAUGAAGGAAGGAGAGGAAGAAAAAGAGGAGAAAGAGAAAGACCCCAAAUCUGUAGAGGUUGUCUACCUGUCAUCAGUCGGCAGUCUGGCAGAAGUGACGGCUCGCAGUAUUGAGCAGCUCCACAAGGUGGCAGAGCUAAUCCUCCACGGCCAGGAGCUGGAGAAACCAGCCAAAGACCAGGCACACAUCCUCACCAGGUUGACAUGCGCCAUGUGUAAGGAGGUGGAGUGUUUGGCCAAGAAGUUCUCUGAUACACUGCUUCUUGUUGGGGGCCAGAGGAAAGCAGAGGAGUUGAAUCCACUGGUAGAUAGUGUGCUGCUAGAGGGCUCCAACAGUAACAACUACAUCCAGAAUGCAUUUCAGCUGCUUCUGCCUGUCCUGCAGAUCUCCCACAUCCAGAGCCAGCACUGUCGGUCCACCACAGAACCAGACGCACAGACACAGCACUAACACUCACACUCACACACACUCACACACGCGCUACCUGCUCACCUGCUUGUCUUAAUGUAUCUAUUGUUGUACAGUAAAGAGAAUAGAUUAUUCCAGAUGAAGUGCUUUAAAUCUCCAUUAAGUGCCAUAGCAACAGGCAGAAGAUGUUUUAUAUAUACAUAAUAUAAUCUUAAAGAUAACAAUUUAACAAGUAGUUACACGUAGAAGUGACCCACAUGUAUGUAUGUGUACGUGUGUCUCUUCCUCGUUGUAUCUCUGAUUGUUAUUUUGACUCUAUUUAGCAGUUGAUUUUUUUGUGUUGAGGAACCAAAUAACGUUCAGAGCUAAUUCGAGCUCAGCUGUGACUGAUUCUAACCAACCAAGAUGUUUCUCUUUUGUCUCCAAAGGCUAAACCAAAAACAGAAAAUUACUGAUUGUGUUGAAGGGACUCUACGUUAAUGUAUGUUAAGUUUCUUUGCACUCCUUAUGGUCCAUUGUUAUUUCAAUAGAAAGAGCAUUGGCUGACACUAGUGAAGUUGCUCUAAUCUGGUUUGAGACAAAAUGCCAGUAUUAGUGAUUAUACACUAUGCUUGUUUUUUUUAUGUUAAAUUAUAUGAAGAAACACUACCUUAUAUUUUACUCUUAUGCAGUUUGAUUUGAAAGAAAAAUCUGAUCUUCAUACUUUAAAUUAGGAAAUAUUUAGUUCUCCUUCUCCCUUCUCGUGUACAUUGACAAUGUAAUGUAGGUGAAUUCAUCUCUAAUUAUCUUUUGUUGUGCUGCUACUAAAUGAAUCGCUUUCAUGCAAGAGUUAGAUAAGAUCGAUAACCGCUCUCAUAUCUGUAUGAUAAACAGAAACUUACACCCAGCAGCUGUUUAUAGAUUAACACAGAGACUAGAAACAGCUAGCCUGGUUCUGUACAAAUAUAUUUUAUUAGCACAUUGUAUCGUCGUCAUAAACAAUGUUACAGGGGGUAAUGUGCAGGAAGUAGUACAGAUUUAAACCUGCAGUAACUGAACUUUUGGCUACUUGGGUUCAGCAGAAAAAAGAUGAAUUUCAUUAUACAACUAUGAGUUGUAAAUUACAGUUAAAUAACCUUGAAUCCUUGAUAUGGUGAACAGUUAAACAAUAAGCUGAAACUCAGUAUAAAGCUCCAUAAAGCAGAGGGGAGCUGCAGAUACAGGUGGUAAUUCUUUGUAGGUUCAUCAUUACGAGCGACCCCUUUCACAUUGUGAUUUGAUACGUUAUCAUAAAAAAUAAAUAUAUUAUAGCCACUUUAACAAACAAGAUAUACUGGUAAUGUGUUGAUUAGUGAUGGUGGAUGUUGAUACCUCUGGAGAGAGUCAGGCUAACUGGCUGCUAGCUACAUAUUUACCAUACAGAUGUGAAAUGGUAUCGAUCUGCUCAUCUAACUAUUGGCAAGAAAGGAAAUGAGAGAAUCUGAACACCUUGAUGAAGACAUGAGAUAUGUGGGUGUUUUUGUAUUCCAACUUUCCCUGAAUAAAAGUUUUUAAUGCUGACAGGAUUUAGAUUCAGAUACUUCUUGCCCCCCGGAGGUCUAUAUCUCAUCUCCCAUUUUCCUUUUUUCCCUUUUUCUUCAACCACCUGUGGAGUUUCAGCAGCAGUCCAACGAUGCUGCAGUGCAUAUGUUUUUUAAUAUCCAGUGUUAAAUUGGCUCUAAGCUUCCAGCCCCCAGAUACAUUGAUCUCUGAAGAGAUAAAGUACUUGCUUCCCCUUCUUUACUUUACUUUACUUCCUUUUGGAGAUAAACUGACAGUGGCAAGAAAGAUAUUAAGCAAAGAAAAUAUAUUUCUGUCCUGUUGUAAUUGUUUUGGCUCCUUUCAGCUAGAGCCAGAUGAGGUAAGGCUGUUUACCAGCUGUGGUCUUCACCCUACAAAUGAUUUGUAAUGCUGAAUGAAAAAUGUUUGAGAGCCAAGUCAUUUAUUGUUAGGUUUGGACAGGUUACUAAUGUAAUAAGAUUCCCUUCUAAUAAAGUGCCCUAAGACUGUUUGAGGAUGACAUGUUGAAAAUAAAAAUAUUUUAACCAUC